UGAAAAAACACUGUCGAGUGAAACAGGCCACCUUCAUCAAGCUGCUGACAGUGAUCUCAACAGAAAGUCACCAUGGCUGGGAUGACCAAAUCCAACUAUUGUGCUUCUUGUUUUGGCUUGCGUGUGGAUCGGCUUACAGGGUAGUCUCUGCAGCAACAGGUAUUCCAAGGUCAAGCACAUGUGAUAUAGUUCACAAUGUGUUGAAGAGAGUGUUGAAUGGCAUCAGAACCAUCAUUUAACUGCCGCAGCAGGAGGACAUCCCUGUAAUUUCCCACGGGUUUUGUCGAUUGGCAAACACAGAUUGUAUCAACAUGGCUGUGGGUAGCAUAGAUGGAACCCACAUCAAGAUUAUGCCUCCCAACGCAAGACGCGAGGACUAUAUAAAUCAUAAACUGUUUUACUCUAUAAAUAUGCAAGCAGUUUGUGACCAUAGAGGAGUCUUCAUGGAUAUAUUUGCUGGGUAUCCCGGCUCUGUUCAUGACGCGCGUGUUCUCAAAUGCAGCCCUCUAUACCGCCAGAGGGGCUAUCCACCAGAAGGGUAUUAUAUUGUAGGAGAUUCAGCAUACCCAUGUCAGUCAAGACCAUUAGCUAUUUUGACUCCAUACAAGGCAGCCAUUACACCAGUACAAGCCAGAUAUAACUAUCAUCUCAGCAGGGCUAGAACCAUCGUUGAAAGGGCCUUCGGUCAGAUGAAGACGAGAUGGAGGAGUAUCUUUACGAAGACACUGGAAAUUUCUCCUGUUCUGGCACCGAAAGUAGCUGGUGCAUGUGCGAUUAUGCAUAAAGUGUGUAUACUAUCUGGUGAUGAGUGGGGAGAGGAGGCAGAAGAUGAUGAAGAUUAUCCUCCGAAUGAACAACCUGACAUUUAGCCAAUUAAUCAAGAGAAAGAGAUCAUGUAUCUGCAGAACCACUCAGACAGCAAAUUGCUGCUCAAAUAUCUGCACCAGUGGAUAUGUUUCAGCAGCUGCAUGAGCACGACUAUAUUUGAGCGUUGGAAAAGGUAGUACUCACCAUUAACAUGUAAAAAAAGGUUGGUACCAUGUUUAAGAAGUUGCUGCUAGAGUUUAAAAUCCAUCUGCCAAAUGCUUUCCCCACUUUUUGUCAAGUUCAUACAUCUCAGAGUUUCUUUUAAACCUUUGCUCAAAGAAGUCAAGAGCUGUGGCCAUCAGGAUUCACCACAGGGUGCAUUAUCAUAAUCACUGUGA